UGGAGUUAUACAACUCUAAUCUGUGAUAGCUAUGGCGUAGGCAGUGGGUUUUUGAUAUAUGACGUCUGGUUAUCUGUAUAUUAUACUUGCACAUUGUAUCUGCAUUGCGAAUGUAUAUAUCUGUAUAUAUCAAGAAAACUGUGAAAAAUUACCAUUACGCUACACGAUAUAAAAGUUCACAAGUAAUUACAGACAUUAGUCAAAAGCUGAUACGUUGACAACCAGUUUGUGCGUUGUAUUGGGCAAUACCAUUUUUUUUGUCUGUCUUCUGUCAGAAGUUUUAAUUAAAAUUUUGUACUAAGUGCCCGUCUGUAGACCGAAGAAAUUGUGAAAAUUGUAUAUAUUUCGCGAGAAAAUAUGCCAGAUAGUGGUGCUGUUUAUCAACCUACGACAGUAGGUUACACAUACGAUAGCGGAGGUGAUGGUACUGGAGGUAGUAACAAUUUAAGAGGUUGUUUCUGGAGAAUCAUAUCAAGACAUAAACUCAGCUCUAGAAAUUGGCUUGAAUGGAUAUUAGUCUCAGCUGUUUUAUCGUUUAUCAUUGCUGGUAUAACAAUGAUAACCACUGAUGCAUCACGAGAAACUAAAAUAAAUAGUACACAAAAGGUAGACGAGGAUCCAACUAUGUCGCAAAGCGAUGAAGAAAAUACUAAAUAUACUACAAAACAUUCCAUGCCACCAGGUAUUUUCCUGAUAUUAACAGGGCUAGUGUUGGGCUUAAUUUGGGCUUGGCUUCAUUUUUUCCAUCGCGCUAAAUCUACAAGAGGUGGAAUGGUCUUAAGCAGUGGUCAGAUGUUGGGCGGUUUGAAUCCAUCAACUGACUUCCUGGUGGGUUCCACUUCGCAGUACGGACCUGUACUAACGGAGCUGCCGAAUCAAUUAACAAUGAAGUUGGAACAGACAAGUCCUCAUGACACUCCAGCAAUACCACUUUCUGAUCAAGAAGAGGAAACCCGUACCUUAAUGCAGGAUUCUACAAUUCCCACGGUAGUCUCCAUUGGCCCUAAUAUCAUUGCUAAUCAGAAAGGUUAAUUGCGUCGAUGUGUAGUAAGAACACACGAUGUGAACAUUCUUUUAAUUUUACGUGAACAAACCUGAAUCGCGAUUUUUACCAUUUUCGUGAAUUAUGUGAUUUUAUACAAAUAGAAGAACUAUUCUUUUUAAAUAUUUUAUUAGAAUUCCUUUUGCCUGAUUUUGAAAUGUAAACAGUUUUAUUUCUGUAAAUUAUCGGCACAAGUUAGUAGCGUAAGAUAUCGUUUUAUUUUAUUUUCCUUAAAUUUUAUUUUUUAGUUUAUAUGUAUGCAUUCCUCCACUCCGUCCAUUAUCAUUGGUAAUUUGUUAAAUAAGCAUUGAAUCCAGAUAUAUUACAGAUAAUAAAUUUUAGAAGAAUUCGUUUAUGAUAUAAGAUAUUUUUCAAAACAUUAUUAUUCACAUUAUUAUUUAAAUAGCAUGUUUAA